GACCGCAUUUCAAUUCAUAUGACGUGGUUUAGUGUGUUUUUAGAGGCCAGGGUAGUCCGUGUUGUUGGCCACGUAGCCCAGCGAAACUCAUUACGUCAUUGUAGUUCCCUGAUAUGUGACGUACGAGCUGCCGUUUGGAGUGACGUCUACUCACAAUCACAGGAAAUCAUCGUGUGGUAAAUAUAUAUCGAUACGUUCUGCUGGACAAUCGGUUCAUAUUAAUAAGUUUAACGUGACUAUUACAUGUGUGUGUGUUCGCUUCCUGUUGCUGUGGUGUGUGUGUUUUUGCUGGCUACAACGUAAAUGUUGUAAUUCCACUACUUUUAGCGGUAACGAGCGUGUAACGAAGUAUUUUUUUAAAUCAACUAACGCAGUUACAGUUACUGAAAUGUAAAUGAGUUCGUUACUCGCGUUACUCUCUUUUGUGAAAAAUGAACACUUGCAGACAAGAAGACAAGCUAGGCUACUUUAGCUGCUUCUGAUGUGACAUCGCAGGACCUUGGUGGCGCAAUGAUAUUGUAACGUCUCGGACGUUAUGGCACUGAUGACACGGAGACGGGACGACGUUAUUAUUCCUCCCUUUAUUGGGCAUCCACCAACACAGACAGCUGCUCCUCUCAGCUCAGCAGCUCGAACAUCAACAACAACGGAUAUCACCUGGCAAGACGAGCAUUCUGCCCCGUUCUCGUGGGAGACUAAGAGCCAGUUGGACUUCAGCUUGACGUUGAGUCCUUCCGACCAGGGGCUCUCCGCCUCGCAGGCCGACUCAAAGGCUGCAAAGGUCCCUCAGCUCGGCAAGAGCACGCCAGGAGCCAAGGUGUCCGUCAGUGAGGUACGGAGGUCAGAGGAAGAGUCGUCUUUCUGGAAGAUCAGCGCAGAGAGGUCCAGGCUGGAGGGAGAGCAAGCCGACUUCCAGUCCCUCACCCCCAGCCAGAUCAAAUCCCUCGAGAAAGGAGAGAAAACCCUCCCCUCCUACCUCCGACAGGAGUCCGCCGUCGGCACCAAGGAGCAUGAGGCGGUGGACCCCCACCCUCCGGCUUCCUCCAGGUCCGCCAAGCAGCGAGCGCCCAAACCUCCCGCCCCCGACCCCCCCAUCAGUAUCCCCAUCAGUAUCCCCGUCGCUGUCAGCGCAACGCCUGCGUCCAUCUCGCCAAUUCCACCACCCCCUGUGAGCGUGUCGUCGUCAGUGGCCGGAUGGGAGCGCUCUCAGAGCACCCUGCCGUCCGCCGGCAGCACCGUGGACGAAGUGUUCUCCCCCGCCCCGAUGUCCAAGCCCGCCCACCGUCCCGCCAGGGCGGAGAAAGAGAGGGAGGACGACGGGUCAUCCGCCAGCCCCACCUUUGCCCAGUUCAACACUAACAACAACCUCCUGAAGACUGGAUUUGACUUCUUGGACAACUGGUAAACCUCAGCCGAGACCAGUCACCGCUCUGAAUGAAUCCUCAUCAUCAUCCUCAUCAUCACUCUAAAGAAGGACCACACUGCCGUGACCACAGACACCCGUCUUUUAGAAUGACCAUGUUAUAUAUUGUUGUAAUUAUCUUCAGUGGCUUGUUAAGACAUUAUCUCACUGCGUGUGUGUGUGUGUGCUGGUGUACCCAUCCCCCUCUCUUAAUCAGGUUUUCCCAUUCGAUGCCCACUAAGUGCAGAGUGAGUCGGGGUUGCGCUCCUCAUUACUUUGCAUUCACACUGCGAUCAGCUCAGCGAAAAGAUGACGACAACGUUUGGAACGGCAUCAAAAUGUCAUAAAGUAUAUACAUGCUUUUACCCCGCAGGCUGUUUGGAAAAAAAAAAUUGGAAUAAAUAAAUUGGAGUGAGGUAGUAUGAAAACCCCAAUGUGUUCAUAUUCCCGACACCAACACAAGUUCAGUCGUGGAUACAUUUUCAAAGAUAUCAGUGAGUUUCCUUGUAACUCUGCGUCUGCAGUGUGAGUCCACGGUAGCAGUGGGACGAGGCCGCCCUGCACAUUUAACUGUUAGACACUAAUGUAGCAAGCGACAACAUAUUUUGUACUACAAGCAUGUCAAAUUGCCUUGUGUGUAAAACACUAGAACAAACAAAAAAAAAUUGUUUGACCUUUUUUUUGUUACAAAGAUUUUGAUCUUUAAUGUGCUUUUUAUUUAUACGUACCUCUUUAUUCCGAUACACCUAGAGUGUCAGUCUCAGCCCACAUGAUGCAGUUACCACAGACGAUGUUCCUACUGGUUAUAUAUUUCUUGGAAUAUCAUGGAAUUUUUAAAGGAUUGUUUUCCAGAGGGGAAUAUUACAGAAUUUUGCAUUAGGCAGAAAUGAAACUAAAUGUUCUGUCCUUCUGUACGCAUUACAUCUAUUGCAUCUGUCCAUCCUGGAGAGGGAUCCUCCUCUGUUGCUCUCCUGCAGGUUUCUUCCCUUUUUUUCCCCCUGAAGGGUUAUUUGGGAGUUUUUCCUGGUCCGAUGUGAGGUUUUGGGGCAGGGAUGUCUAUGUGUGCAGAUUGUAAAGCACUCCGAGACAAAUUUGUGAAAUUGGGCUAUACAAAUAAACUGAAUUGAAUUGAAUGUAUUUCCCAACAUUCACACAUCUUUGAGGCAGAUGGUGGUUGAAAUGAAGCGGAACCCAAAGAACAGGAGGGAAGAGCGGCCAUAGAAGUGUUCAAAUGUCAAUGUCAUUGACCUUGAAGGCUAAGUGGCAAGCUGUUACGGAUGCCCUGUGUAGAUUUUAGUGUCUCCACAUCGCUCCUCCAUCACGUCGCCGCGCCCAGCCGCCACCGCGAACGGCAAACUAGCGCAGAGUAACGCUGCUGUGCAUUUAUAGUGAAGAAAGAUGCAGUUUUAGAUAAAUAGGCCGGCAUGUCGUGAUUUGUACCGCUUGUGCCCGGUUUACAUGAUUAGAGUACUAUUUUACUGAAUUUUAUAUUUAUCGGCUGAUUGUAUCUAAAGCUAUACUUGUAUAUUGCCCUCGGUGCAUUUUGAGGUCAAACAUUGGAAGAAAGUAAAUAAAUAGGUCAAAUCUG